AUGGAGAAUGCCUUCACUAUUUUAUUCUUAACAAUACUCUUGUUGCCUCACUAUGUUAUGGCCCAAACCAACAUUAACACUGAUCAAUUAGCUCUUCUCUCUUUUAAAUCCCAAAUUAGUUCCGACCCCUUUCACUUCUUGAAUGAAAGUUGGUCUCCUGCUAUUUCUGUUUGUCGUUGGGUUGGAGUCAUUUGUGGUUCUCAUCACCAGCGAGUGAAGUCGUUGAAGCUUUCCAACUUGGCUCUUACAGGCAGAAUUCCCCGUGAUUUUGGAAACCUCACAUUUCUUGUUUCUCUUGACUUGGGAAACAACCAUUUCCAUGGAAAUUUGCCUCAAGAAAUGGCACAUUUGCGUCGGCUUAAGUUUCUUGAUUUAAGUUUAAACAGCUUCAGAGGGGAAAUUCCUUCUUGGUUUGGGUUUUUACACCAACUUCAAGUUGUAAACCUUAGGAGUAACAGUUUUACUGGUUCCAUUCCUCCGUCACUCUCGAAUGCCUCAAGGUUGGAGAUUUUAGAAAUAUCUACCAAUUUACUUGAAGGAAACAUCCUGGAAGAGAUUGGCAAUCUUCACAACCUGAAAUCGUUGUCCAUAGAACAAAAUCAGCUUACGGGUUCUAUACCAUUCACAAUAUUCAAUAUUUCUAGAAUUGAAGUCAUUUCAUUUUCAUAUAAUAGCCUAUCAGGAGAUCUUCCCAAUGGUUUAUGCAAUGAUCUCCCAAUACUCAAAGAGCUUUAUCUAUCCGGAAACAAGCUUGAUGGUCGUAUGCCUACAAGCUUGUCAAAUUGUUCACGACUUCAAAUAUUGUCUCUAUCUGGAAAUAAUUUUGAUGGACCAAUACAUAAUGAAAUUGUAAGAUUGAGUAACUUGCAGAAAUUGUAUCUCGGAUACAACCAUUUCACAGGUAUAAUUCCAGAAGAAAUCGGAAAUCUUGUUAAUUUGGUGGACUUAAGCGUGGAGAAUAACCAGCUUACCGGCUCUAUCCCGAACUCCAUAUUCAAUAUCUCAUCGCUGCAAUCAUUGUUACUGUGGGGCAACAAUCUUAGUGGAUGCUUACCAGGGGAGAUUGGCAACUUAACCAAGAUGCAAUUCUUAAAUCUUAAAGAAAAUAGGUUUACUGGUGAAAUACCCAAAGAUAUAAGAAAUCUCGUUGAGUUGGAGGAAUUUGAUGUUGGGUUUAAUAGUUUUAGUGGUUCACUUCCAAUGGAGAUCUUCAACAUAUCACGACUGAGAACAAUUCAACUUUCAGACAGCAAUCUUAACCAACAUUGA